UGCACAACAUAAGUUCUUCAAGCCCUCUAGCGUGCAAUGGUGGGAAGCGAGAUGACCCCUUCUGUACAAAAACACCACAGUGGACACGUACCAUGAGUGUGAAUUUGGUCGCCAGUCAGAUCGUGUACAGUGGGCAUACAGCCAUUAGUGACUUGCUGCUUAACUUAAUAGGAAAUGACCAAGAAUAACUUGGUCUGGUAUCUGUUGAGGCGAUCAUUUGUUGUGAAAGACUCCACCUCUGAAGUUGAGAGCAGCCUUCCUGGAGCACAGUUAGACAUCACAGAGCUGUGAUCAUACGCACCACGAUGAAACGGAGCCUGAUAACAGCUUUAAUUCUUUGCAGCAUCAGCUGGAUCUUUGUCUCAGGUUCUGAGUCUCACACUGAGACUGUGGAGGGUCGGCCGGGUGGAGAAGUCACACUCACAUGCUCUAACACGUCCAACCGAGACACUGCAACACUCUGGUUUAGAGUGGUCAACAGAACCAAGGCCAGCUGGAUCUCCACGAUGAUCAGGUCUACAGGAAAACCUUUAUACAGUGAUGGAAUUCAAAAUGGAAGAUUCAACAUGAGUACCAACAUCUCCACUCUCUUUCUCCAAAUCAAACGUGUGGAUGUAUCUGACUCUGGACUGUAUUUAUGUGGAUUUUACAUCAGAGGACCUUUUCAUUUCAGCGCAAUACACUUAAAUGUUAAUGUGAUGAUUCUCAUGAUGACGCUGACAGGAAGUCUGAAAUCUGAUGGAACAGCAAAGCUGAUGAGUUUGAUCCUGGGAGCUCUGACUGUUCUCCUCUUAAUGGUCAUCAUUGGUCUGGUUGUUAAAAACAGGAAACUUCAGAAAGCUGCCAAUGAAGAACAGAAUCCACAACAGCCUGAGAACCGGGCCUCUGAAGAGCUGAACUACGCAGCUGUGGCUUUCCGUCCAAAAACAAGAAAAACAAGAGAAGUGGAGCCCAAUGUUGUGUAUGCUUCUACUAGAUAGACUCAGGAUGAAACCAGAGAAGACGUUCAGAAUAAAACUGAUGCUUUAUCAUAUUCAUCUGCAGAUGGUGGACAGGAGGACUGACCAUCACUUUGUCAAAAGAAGGACAAAAGAUGUGCAACCUUCUUCCUAGUGCCGAGUUUGAAUUUGAAUCUCUUUUAAAUAUGUAAUUAGUGCACAUCAAUACAGAAAGAAGAUUUUGUAAAUGCUGACUUGAUAGCAGUGUGUCUAUGCUGGUAUGGGGAAUACAAUUCAAGAGAUACAGCAGCAAUCCAGUUUCACAUUUGACUUAAAAAAAAUUAACUACUCGCUUUUCUUUUUUCUUUCCUUUCUCUAUUUGUCUCUAUGCAGCACCUAAAACUGAAAAAACUCAAAUAUACAUUGCGUGUUUCCGUUGAAACAUUUUGUAAGACUUGGCAACCCUUCAUUUAUAUAGUAGAAGCUAGGCAAUACAUACUUUAUCCCCUUGGCUCCUCCCUUAACUCUUAGGUCUGAGAACUACCUGAGGUCUGAUGUCAAUAAGUAUGUGGAGCAGCUUUGUACUUAUUAUCUAAUCUGAUUAUCUACAGUACAGAGGGCUAUUUCACAAA